UCAGGUCUGCUGGUGUUGACAGGGGCAUUGUGGGGCUGCACCAAUCCCUUCAUACGUCAGGGUACUAAAGGCCUACGCGAUGUCAAAGCCAAGACUUGGCUAGGCCAGGCUUGGGCGGAAGUCAGCUUCCUACUUGGGAAUUGGAGGUAUGUGUUACCGUGGCUGGUAAAUCAGACUGGUUCGGUGUCGUAUUUGGCCGCGGUGCAGAGGGCGCCACUGUCGCUGGCGGUUCCUACUGCCAACAGUCUCGCGUUCGCCUUCACGGCUGUGGUUGGUGCUGCCGUGGGUGCUGAAGAACCGCUGGACAAAGGUGAGGAACUGGAGGCGGCUGUACCUAUACAUGUGGGUAGGCCAAAGGGGAAGAUCUUCCUCCGAGCUGGGUGAUGGUAGCUCGGGGGCCGCAGCCCGACUGAUAUUGGUCGGGCAUCGUAUAUUUGAACUGUUGGCUACCGAAUUUUACUUGCGUGAAGUAGGCUUCCUUACGUUGUGAACGCAGCGCCGCUAGCGCCAUCUCUUGAGGAGGCGAGUGAUUAUUUCCUC